AAAGGUCUAGAAUCGUGCUAUUAUCAAAAAUUUAAUACAUUGAUAUACGAUAAAUCACAACGGAUGUGAUAAUCGAUGAUAUAUUUAUAAAAACACUAUCAUAACAGACUUUUCACCGGCUACUACUUUGCUACACUGUCAGAUUUGGGAAACCCGGAAAUAAAUAGGAACGGCCGCUUUUUGAUGCAAAACACUCUUAAGACUGUUUGGUGUUGAAAUAUCGCUCAUAUCUUCCUAAUCACUCAGAAGAACAUACCAUGGCCAUGCUAGCAGCUAGUGAUCCUCUCAAAGAGGCAUUCGAGAGGUUCAAACACGAUCGGGGCAAGUUAAAGAGACUUUUGGAUGACACUCAAAAUGAGUUUCGGGGUAUCCAAGAGAAACUUCACGACAUGCCAUUCGCUUCGAAAGUGGAGAAUCUUCUUUUGCUCGACUCCGAGAAGAAGACAGUUGAAAGAGUCUUCCAGGACCCCUGUAUCAUCAUGGUUGGACAGACCAAAUCUGGGAAAAGUUCCUUGAUCAAUGAGUUGCUUGGAAAGACGAUAGUGACGGCUGACCAGAGACCUUGUACGGCAAGAUUAGUUGAGCUGCAAUAUGGCGAUGUGCCAACCCCAGUAGUGACAGUUAAAGCAAAGGAUGGUCAUGAACUUGAGCACAUCACUUGUAAGAAGAAUAACAUCCCAGCCAAACUGGUCAACCUGAGCCCCACUGAUCGUGAAAAUGAAAACCUGGUCGAAUCGACAAUCUCUGUAAAGAUAGAUAAUGACUUCUUGAAGAGUGGUGUAAAGGUGAUCGACUCUCCCGGCCGGAACGAAAACAAGGUCCUGGACAAUAUGGUGAUUAAGCAUCUCCUGACAAUCCUGCCCUUGAUAGUCUAUGUCAUAGAUGGGAAGAACCUUCUUACGAUUCAGGAUGUUGCUGAUAUCAAUGGUAUCAUGAAGAACAUGCCAGGGCGGAACAUCUUCUACAUCGUCAGUAAGAUUGACCCAACCAAAGAAGCGGCCAUCAGCUCAGAUGAAGAUGAUGAUGAAACAGAAGAGGAAUCAGACGAACAAAAAGAAUAUCAAGUCAAGAGAAAAGUUUUCAAUAAACUCGUCUCGCAUGGGUUUAUUGGGGACGACGUCGACAUGGAAAAGUGUGACCGCUUCCAUGCUCUUUCGGCUUGGAAAAUUAAAACGUAUCGGCGAACGGAAAAGGAAGGUCAAGUGCCCCCUCCGGCGGAUCAUAAACGCUACGUUGUCGACUUUGAUCGUUUCAAGCAAUGCCUCUUAGCUUGUGCUAAGGAUCAGUUGGUAGAGUAUGUUGAAAAGGCGGCAGAGUCGUUACGGGAUUCACAAAAACGCUGCCUGGAUUUCUUCAUUGAUACAGCAAACAGGUUGUUCCAUGAGCGUAACCAGAUCGAGUCGCAGAUGACCCACAUUCAGGCUGAGGAAUCUAAGCUGUACCGCGCAGUGAUGGACACGGUGCAGAACAACCAGUCGCAACUUUCUAAAUCUGUGAAUCAGAUCCUCAAGAAAGAAAGUACAGGGCGGAUGAUCAGUGAGGCUGAGGGAUUCCAGUAUAGGACAGAAGACUUCCAGAUACCGCACGACGGGUACAUCAAGGACCAGGAUGCUGUUGAGAUGUGCCGUAUGCAGUUGAAAGAGUUCGUCAUGACAAAACUCAACCAAGACAUCCAUAAUGUCAUAGUUCGGGAGUUUGGCCAAAAAGAUGGACUUUUCCAACAAUUAGCCAAAAAAGUACAAGACCUUGAAAACGGGAAGGCAAGAGAAAUUCGUGCCGCGCAGACAUUGCAUAAGAUCCUUGUCAAAUGUUAUGUAUUUGACAUGAAAAACAUGGACUUACAGCUCUCCUUAUGGAGUCGUAUCAAGUUUGCAAUUGUAGAUUUCUUCAAAGGCAAGGGAAAUUUCUUUUUAGCUAUUUCUGGGAAGGUGCAUGUCGGGUCAAAGAAAUGGAAAAAAGAAACAGCAGAGAGGGUCCUGGCGACCGUAAAUGCAAGCCAACUUAGUGAUAUCAUCGUCAAGGGAAUAGUAGGACACCUUGAACAUGGACAUGCUACAUUCUGCACAGAGAUCAAGAGUUUGGAAGAUCUUUACAAGCGCAGUUUCAAGCUUGGUGAAGGGCAGCGAGAGAAGAUACGCCAGGUAUCGCCGAUACUUGCCCGUCUUGAGCUCAGUUGUUCGGACCUCAUCGAUCGGCAUAGAUAUGGGAACAUUCAGCUGAAAGAGCAGCUAGGCAGAGGUGCCCAGGGUGUGGUGUAUGCAUGUACCAGCCUGGGACCAAAAGGAGAGAAGUGUGCAGUCAAGGUGGUCAGAUGUGACAGCCCUCCAAACUCAACAGGAAACGAUGCAUUGAACGAUCUUGCCUUAGAAAUACACUACAGCAGACAAUUCGACCACCCACGCCUCAUGCAGGUGUUUGGAACAACCGUCGUACAGGAAGCACCUAAUGUCUUCGAAGUGCAGAUUAUAUACGAAAGAAUGACUGGCGAUCUGAUGGAUAUCUUGCCUAAUAUCCCGAGCAUGAGGGACCGCGUCAAGAUCGGCUUGGAGGUGGCAGAGGCCCUCAAGUAUCUACAGGAGAACGAGAUGAUACAUCGCGAUAUCAAGUGUUCUAAUAUACUGGUUGAUGACAACAAGCACAUCAAAUUAACAGACUUCGGUCUCUGCAAACCGGAGGGCAUGACCAAGCAGUCCUUCGUCGGCACACCUAUCCAUAUCGCACCAGAAAUUGUCACCGGGAAAACAUACAACAAAGCCGUCGAUAUCUACUCGUUUGGAAUUGUAUUCUGGUACAUCUGUGAAGGGAAAGGGAAUCAUCCAGGGUAUGCUCAUUACGCGCCCGGGGUCGGUGCCCUCUUGCUAAUGGGCGCCAUGGGAAAACGUCCGGAAAGGAAGACGACGUUCAAUGAUGAUUGUUGGAACUUGAUGAAACUUUGCUGGGACGAUGAUCCAGAGAUUAGGCCGUCAACGGAUAAACUAAUUGAAAUGCUGGAGGACAUUCUCAAAAAACCCAUGUAGCGUGGGUCAAGGACAGUCCAAGAAUAGAACAAUUGGCAUACUCUUGGUACAAACGAACUCAAACAACUGAGCUGCUACGUUCCAUCCUGCCCGCACUACCAGCAUUUCGGCGCAUCUUCUUGUCAUGCCAUUGUUUCUAUUUGAAUAUUUUCCCCGAUGUUUUCCUUGGCCUGGGGCCGAGGCAGAAGUUGUUCACAAAGAGUAGAGAGGGGGCAAAGCUAUGUAGAUCCAACAACUGUGACCCUGCCCGUCUAGUGGUAAUCUAUGCCCUUGAACAUCAAGUGUUGAUGAAAGGGGAUUAACUAUUUACAGAUUAAUUAAGGUAACUUUUAUGUAUUCAGAAAAAUGACAGUUUAAAACCAUAGGUUUGGGGCAAGAACACUUAAAUUUCUGAAAAGAUAUUUCCUAUUUGAAUUCCUGACAAUGUGCUCAAGUGUCAUGUAUAUUUUAUUUAUCCUGGUUGUUUUGUUUGUAAUACCUCAUUAAAGGAAGUCUCCAAAGUCCUCCACCUAUAUAUUACCCUUUAAUCAUGGUUUAAUUUGUCUAGAUAAUGGCCAUAAACAUAUACAUGUAGUCUAUCAAUAUUUAUGUAGUUUACAUCAAGUAAUUAAUACUUGUUUUCACAAAUGUUUGGCAAAAUGAAAAGGUGCUCAUGAUGAUAUUAGCUAUCACUGAACCUUAACUUCUAAUGAAUUAAGGUAGCCAUAAAUUGAUUUAUCAACUUCCAAAUGAUUUUUUAUCUUCGGCGCUAAUCCAUGUUCUAUAGUUUCAUGUAGGUGCACAUAAUUGUUUUAUAUGUAUGGACAUGUCAUGAUUUUGAAACGUAUUAAAGAUAAAAUCUUGCAA